UUAAGAGUGUAAAAGGGUCCUGAGACCAAAACAUUUGGGAACCCCUAUUCUGUGGUAUGACUGUGAGAAUAUUUGGCUGAGUAGGGUUGAAGGACGAGGCCAUUGGAAGUGAGAAAGUCAAGGAAUUGAGGGUGGUUGUGCAGAUCACUAAGAUUUAGGAUGAGAAUAGUGUUGGGAGAGAAAGGGUACUAGUUGAGUGUUAAAAUCUUUAAGGAAUGAACUCUGUUGUGCUAAAUCAUCAUAAGAAAUCUUCAGAAAUGAGUGAAUUUGGAAGGUCACAGUAUACUGGAAAGUACUGGGUUAACUUACUGCUUAGAAACUUCUUGAGGUACUAGUUAGAAUAAAGCUAAGCUACUAAGGGUAACCUAACAGUUUCAAGGUGAAUUAUCCAGUUUGGCGAUGAGACUGAUCCACAUCAUCACUCCAGGGACAAGUUUUUCCCAUUGUAUUAUUUUGCCAUGUUUUAGGGCAUACAGUCAUCAGCUGGGUUGCUGUCAUGUCCAGGUUUCAUCUGAUGGAAAAGGGAAAGGGAGCAUGGAGGAGGAGGCGUGCCCAGUUUCUUAAUACUCAGGCCCAGGAGUGGCACUGAUUUCUUCUGCUCAUUUCCUUUUGGCACCUUGCUGUGACAGACUUUAUACUUGUCGGUUGUGUCAUGAUAGCAAUGAAGAUCAUCAGCUAGAUCGCUUUAAAGUAAAGGAAGUGCAGUGCAUAAACUGUGAAAAAAUUCAGCACGCCCAACAGACUUGCGAAGAAUGUAGCACAUUGUUUGGGGAAUAUUAUUGCAGUAUAUGCCAUCUCUUUGACAAAGACAAGAAACAGUAUCAUUGUGAAAACUGUGGAAUUUGUAGGAUUGGUCCAAAGGAAGACUUUUUCCACUGUGUGAAAUGUAACUUAUGCCUAGCUAUGAAUCUCCAAGGAAAGCACAAGUGUAUUGAAAAUGUUUCCAGGCAGAAUUGUCCAAUAUGUUUGGAGGACAUUCACACAUCCCGUGUUGUUGCUCAUGUCUUGCCAUGUGGACAUCUUUUACAUAGAACGUGUUAUGAAGAAAUGUUGAAAGAAGGCUACAGAUGUCCAUUAUGUAUGCACUCUGCUUUAGAUAUGACUCGGUACUGGAGACAGCUGGAUGAUGAGGUGGCACAGACUCCCAUGCCGUCAGAAUACCAGAACAUGACUGUGGAUAUUCUCUGCAAUGAUUGCAAUGGGAGAUCUACAGUCCAGUUCCAUAUAUUAGGCAUGAAAUGUAAUAUUUGUGAAUCCUACAAUACUGCUCAAGCGGGAGGAUGUAGAAUUUCACUAGAUCAGCAAUGACCAGGGUAUGCUGCAUUGGAAAACUCAGCAUUUUCUGAUUAGAAAAAGGCUAUCUUUAGUAUUCUGUUGUCAUAAUGUGUCAGGAUCUAUGCAUUAGAGUUGAUGUGUUUUGUACUAGUGUCACAGCAUAAAAUCAUAUUACAUGUACUUAAGGAUUCAGGGUCUCUUUAUAGAAUUAUCAUAGCUUUAUAUUGGAUGAAAGCCACUGUGCUUGUCUUUUGAUUGGAGAUUCCUUUAGUGUCAGUUGUUUGGAAGCCAAUGAUGUUUGCCACUGAAAUUUACAUCCAUAGAAGUAUAUCAUACUUCCAUGGAACUUUGCUUUAAGUGACACUAUGCACGAAGAGUUCAUUUCUAGUUCUUCAUAGAACUGCACUUAUUUCUCAGUAUUAUUCUUGACUUUUUAAGGGCUGUGCUAUAAUGAGAAGAUGUUCUGUCUUACUGUUGAAAUCUUAUUACAUAUACUUUAGAAUUUUCUAAGGCAGUCCUUUGGAUCCUGUAAAUGUGAAUUUUGAUGUAAUAACUGCUAAUAAAAUUAUAUUGAAACAGUGUUUUAU